GAACCAUCAGUGGAUAUGCCGCUUGACCUAUUUCCUCCACCUGCUGGACACAAUGCACCCGAGCAGGUUCAUAUAACUCAAGGAGAUCUUGAAGGAAGAAGUAUGAUCAUCUCAUGGGUGACACCUUUAGAACAUCAUGGCUCCGUGAUUUAUUGGGAAGCAGAGGGCACCGAUCCAACGAAGCACAAAGUUCACUCAAGAAGCACUGCUUAUAAAUAUUAUAAUUACACUUCUGGGCACAUCCACCAUGCCACCAUAAAAGGAUUGAAGCAUGAUACAAAGUACAUAUAUCAACUUGGACUGCACUCGGUCGUUAGGAGAUUCUCCUUCACUACUCCACCCAAAGUAGGACCUGAUGUUCCUUAUACCUUUGGUGUCAUAGGGGAUUUGGGACAAACAGUUGACUCAAAUCAAACUUUAGAGCAUUAUAUUGCAAACCCAAAAGGCCAAGCUAUGUUGAUGGUUGGUGAUCUUUCAUAUGCUGAUGACCAUCCAUUGCAUGAUAACAGAAGGUGGGAUACAUGGGGUCGUUUUGUUGAGAAGAGUACAGCAUACCAACCAUGGAUUUGGACUGCAGGGAAUCAUGAAAUUGACUAUGCCCCUGAAAUUGGUGAAACCACUCCUUUCAAGCCAUAUUUGCAUAGAUAUGAAGUACCAUACAAAGCAUCCAAGAGUUCAUCUCCCCUUUGGUACUCCAUCAAACGAGCAUCAACUUACAUAAUUGUCCUUUCUUCUUAUUCUGCCUAUGGUAAAUACACUCCACAAUACGAUUGGCUUCAGAAGGAGUUCCCAAAGGUUAACAGGAAAGAGACUCCGUGGCUGAUUGUUCUGCUUCAUUCUCCAUGGUAUAACAGCAACAACUACCAUUACAUGGAAGGAGAAAGCAUGAGAGUAAUGUUCGAAUCCUGGUUUGUGGAAAACAAGGUUGACAUCGUGUUUGCAGGACAUGUUCACUGUUAUGAACGCUCGGAGCGAAUAUCAAAUGUGAGGUACAACAUUACCGAUGGAUUGAGCACUCCUAUUAAGGAUGCUUCUGCUCCGGUCUACAUAACCAUUGGGGAUGGUGGUAAUAUUGAAGGCAUUGCUAACAAUUUCAUAGAUCCACAGCCAAGUUACUCAGCAUAUCGUGAAGCAAGUUUUGGGCAUGCAAUUCUUGAAAUAAAGAAUCGAACUCAUGCAUACUACACUUGGCAUCGAAACCAAGAUAAUAUGCCAGUUGCAGCUGAUUCUAUGUGGUUCUAUAACAGAUACUGGUACCCAGAAGAAGAGCAGAGCCCCCAUACUUAAUUGAAUUAAGGGUCCUAGCUUCUUGAGUUUGGUCCUCUAAUC